CUAUGCCGUCUAUGCGAUGAGUGUUUGCUUUCCAAUGAAGUAUUCAUUGAAUUGUUGUUUGUGUGUCGCGAGUGAUGCCAUCCCUCCUCCCGACCGCUUCGCCGCCCAUUUUGGCCGCCAUUUAGUGUCUGGAAAGCCAUAUAAUGGACACAAACACACACUCCAGUCAUAAACUAUUCGUCUUCAGUCCCAUCGACGCCAAGGAUGAGGUGGAAGAGAAGUACGAGAGAUGUCUUCUAUUCGUCCAAAACAUAAUUAAUGGCAAAUCCGAGAAAGAAGGUCACGAAGAGCUCACUUCCACCGCAAUAAAAAGCGCUACGAGUCAUGAGGACGUCAGCGUUGGACUAUUGGUCGCUAUACUUACCGAUCCAUCCACUGCUCAGAGAGUAAGACUGCAAACCAUA